AGAAAAAGAAAAGAAAGGAGGCUAGCUCUUUGGCUAGCAGCAGCAGCACCACCAUCAAUGACCGGACGUGAAGUUAGCGUGUAGUUGACUCAGAAUUGAAAACUAACGUUAGGCGGCUGCAGCUUCCCUCCGGUCAGGGGAAAUAAGGAAGAGACCAGCUGACCGGAUUCCAGUGGGUUUUUUUCGCCGGGCAAGCAAAAUGGUGCACAGAUGUUGACCCUGGAGUUUCCUGUGUGAAGACGCGUCUCCAGACUGCUUCAUGUUAUCUCUCAGAGCCAGACCUCCUCUGUCCUGACACAAUGAGUUUUGCUACCGGGAUCUUGACUUUCUACCUCAACAUACGUGGAGUCCACUCCCUGUGUUCUACCUCUUAGGACAUCCACGGCUAUUUUUCUACCUCAACAAAUACAGUACGCACACAGAAGCACGUAGCUGUUAUCAGCCAGCUCAGAAACACCAACAGACCCUUCACUCUAACACCAGGCUCUCAGGCGCCAGUCAUCUAGCCACGUCGUAACAAAGUACACUGGGAUUCCUCCUGCUUUGCUGUCAUAAUCGCUAUCUGGGGAGGAGCCACCCGAAGCAGUCAUGUAUCACAGGGGUUUGUGAUGUCCAAAACCUGCGACGGACAAAGAUCAGGACCUGGACUAGGGGAAGGACAGGGGCGGGGUGACGUAGAUGUUCCUAGGUUUGUGGUUGGCUGUGGGGAUGACGAGCAGGACAUGGGCCAAAUGGAGACAGGCAUGAGGAAUGAGAUGUAUCGAGAAGAAGAAAUGGACGGCGAUGAGUCGCCACCAGAGCGUCAGAUUGUGGUCGGCAUAUGUGCCAUGAUGAAGAAGUCCAAAUCCAAGCCCAUGACUCAGAUCCUUGAGCGCCUUUGUAUGUUUGACUACAUCAGUAUGGUCAUCUUUCCAGAGGAGGUUAUCCUAGAGGAACCUGUAGAGAAAUGGCCCCUCUGCGACUGCCUCAUCUCCUUCCACUCCAAAGGUUUCCCUCUGGACAAAGCUGUGGAGUAUGCCAAGCUCAGGAAUCCACUGCUCAUCAAUGACCUCAACAUGCAGUAUUUCAUACAGGACAGGAGGGAAGUGUACCGGAUCUUACAGGAAGAAGGCAUUGACCUGCCUCGUUAUGCUGUGUUAAACAGAGACCCCGACAAUCCUGAGGAGUGUAACCUGGUGGAAGCGGAGGACCAUGUUGAGGUAAAUGGAGAGGUGUUCCUUAAACCCUUCGUGGAGAAACCUGUUUGUGCCGAGGACCACAAUGUGUACAUCUAUUACCCAACGUCUGCUGGAGGGGGCAGCCAGAGACUCUUCAGAAAGAUAGGGAGUCGUAGCAGUGUGUACUCCCCAGAAAGCAGCGUAAGAAAGACUGGGUCCUACAUCUACGAGGAGUUCAUGCCCACAGAUGGUACUGAUGUCAAGGUUUACACAGUGGGUCCAGACUACGCUCACGCGGAGGCCCGAAAAUCACCUGCACUGGACGGAAAGGUAGAGAGGGACAGUGAGGGGAAAGAGAUCCGCUACCCCGUCAUGCUGACCGCAAUGGAGAAACUGGUGGCCCGCAAGGUCUGCCUGGCCUUUAAGCAAACAGUGUGUGGGUUUGACCUGCUCAGAGCCAACGGCCACUCAUACGUCUGUGACGUUAACGGCUUCAGCUUCGUCAAAAACUCUAUGAAGUACUACGACGACUGUGCCAAAGUCCUGGGCAACAUGGUCAUGAGGGAGUUGGCCCCCCAGUUCCACAUCCCUUGGUCCAUCCCCAUGGAAGCUGAAGACAUCCCAAUCGUCCCAACAACCUCAGGAACCAUGAUGGAGUUGCGCUGUGUUAUUGCCAUUAUCCGCCAUGGAGAUCGCACACCAAAGCAAAAGAUGAAAAUGGAGGUCCGACAUCCUCUAUUCUUUGACUUAUUUGAGAAGUAUGGAGGCUACAAGUCAGGAAAACUGAAGCUGAAGAAGCCAAAACAGCUACAAGAAGUGCUGGAUAUUGCCCGUCUGCUGCUGGUGGAACUGGUCGAGCACAACGACUGUGAGAUCGAGGAGAAGAAAUCUAAACUGGAGCAACUCAAGACGGUCUUGGAGAUGGAAUCCAGCUUGAAUGACACUCAGUACGGUCAUUUCUCAGGCAUCAACAGGAAAGUUCAGCUGACUUACCUGCGCAACGGCCAACCUAAAGCAUCCAGUGAAGAAGAAGAUUCUAAGAAGGACAGCCCAUCUCUGCUGCUGGUGUUGAAGUGGGGCGGGGAGCUGACGCCUGCGGGCCGCGUUCAGGCUGAGGAGCUGGGCAGGGCCUUUCGCUGCAUGUACCCUGGAGGUCAAGCCGGUAACCGCCGGUCCCCUGGAUGUGAGUCCCCUGACUUUGGUGACUAUGCUGGGUUCCCAGGCUGUGGCCUCCUGCGCUUGCACAGCACUUACCGCCACGACCUGAAGAUCUACGCCUCCGACGAAGGCAGGGUGCAGAUGACAGCCGCUGCUUUUGCAAAGGGUCUGCUGGCUCUAGAAGGGGAGUUGACUCCAAUCCUGGUUCAGAUGGUGAAGAGUGCCAACAUGAACGGACUGCUGGACAGCGACAGCGACUCUCUGACGGACUGCCAACAGAAGGUGAAGGCAAGGCUGCAUGAAAUCAUGCAGAAGGGCCAGGAGUUUACACAGGACGACUAUCAGAAGUUGGCACCAACUGGCAGCCCAUCGCUGGUGAACUCAAUGAAGGUCAUACAGGAUCCAGUCAAAACCUGUGAUAAGGUGUACGCCCUCAUCCAGAGUCUCAAUUCACAGAUCCGCAAGAGACUGGAAGACCCCAAGUCUGCAGACCUUCAGCUUUACCACAGCGAGACGUUGGAGCUGAUGCUGCAGCGCUGGUCCAAACUGGAGAGAGACUUUCGCAUGAAGAACGGUCGCUACGACAUCAGCAAGAUUCCGGACAUCUACGAUUGUAUCAAAUAUGACUCGCAGCACAACGCCUCACUUGGGCUGGAGGACACGCUGGAGCUGUUCAGACUGUCCCGUGCCCUGGCUGACAUAGUCAUACCACAGGAGUACGGCAUCACCAAAGACGAGAAACUGGACAUCGCUCAGGCUUACUGUGUUCCUUUGAUGAAAAAAAUCCAGCUGGAUCUGCAGAGGACCCAUGAGGACGAGGCUGUUAACAAGCUGCACCCUCUGUAUUCUCGUGGCGUAAUGUCUCCUGGCCGCCAUGUCCGCACACGACUCUACUUCACCAGUGAGAGCCAUGUCCACUCCCUGCUCAGCGUCUUCCGAUAUGGAGGACUGCUGGAUGAUGAGAAGGACCAGCAGUGGAAACAGGCCAUGGACUACCUGAGUGCUGUGACUGAACUCAACUACAUGACACAGAUAGUCAUUAUGCUGUAUGAAGACAACAAUAAGGAGCCCUCCUCAGAGGAGCGUUUCCAUGUUGAGCUUCACUUCAGUCCAGGAGUCAAAGGGUGUGAAGAUGAGGAGAAUGUACCUCUUGGCUUCGGCUUCCGCCCAGCCUUCUCAGAGAAUCAAGACAAAAAGACUAAUCAAGGCAGUCUGGAAGACCUUUCCCAGGACCAGCCAGACCAGGCACUUCCCCUCUCUGAGCCAAUCAACAUCCAGCGAAGGUCCCCCAUGAUCCGCAACCGCAAGACCGGCUCAAUGGAGGUCCUUUCUGAAACCUCUCCGACCCAGUCCUCCAAAGGCUCCACAUCUCACCGACUCUUCCCCUCAUGUUCGCGCCAGUCACCUGAGAUCAAACCGGCCAGUGGCCUAGGGUCGCUCUGCUCUGGCCUCUUCAGUGCCUCCGCCCUUGGGGUGUCCUGUAGUGCCCCCAACCUGCGAGACUACGUACGCACACACCACCACCUCCACCGAAAACCACCUCUGUCCCCUGGCAGUCUGCCAUGCCAGAUUAGCACGUUUGAGCUGUUCUCUAUGCCACCAGUAAAGAGAUUUUCUGUGUCGUUUGCCAGGCAUCCGACUAAUGAGCCCUCAGACGAGCUCCAUGUAGUCCGGCUGCUGGGGGGGCUUCCCGCUGAGCCAGCCCGGCUGGGGUUUGCCCCUCUGGCUGUGGACGGGGCCAUUGCCCACCACCUGUGCCACUGUCCCUACCACCUCCCCCUCCUCAAGAGCUGGCUGAUGUCUGGUCAGGAGCUCCCAGAAUCCCUCCACGGGUUUGAAGGCUGCUCCAUGGUGCCCUCUAUCUACCCACUGGAGACACUGCACAACUCGCUCUCACUGAAGCAGGUGGACGAAUUCCUCAACACGGUGUGUGCGAGCAGCAGCGAUGCCCACACCAAAACCAUGAAAGCGCUGUCCAGCUUGUUUGACUCUCAGAGCCAGACAUCUCUCUACAGCCCUCAGCAGCCACUGUCCUCCUCCGGAUCUGAAGCAUCUCUUCAGCCACCAAGCCAGCCUCUAUGGCAUGGCAGUAUCCCCUCCAGUGCUGUAUCCAGUGCAGGCCCCUCCUCCCCAAUCACAGAGAGCUCCGGCGUGAACUUCAGCUUUAGUGAGUAGAGACUCUGUCUGAAAAAAACACGAGGACUUCUGGGUAUCUAAGGACACGAUCUGAAGACCUUGGUUUGUCCGACUCUCCGGACUUUUAUUCAUCUUGUCCUGCUCACUUUCACCACUCUACCUUGUGUAUUACAAACUGUAAAUAACAAAAAGACUGUAAAUAUAACCACUCAAACUGUACAUGGACUCUUCAGCUGGGCACAUGUGAUCACCACACCUUUCCUGCUCAGUGGAUAAGAGAAAACACUGGACCUUCAACAGUUUAACCUCAAUCCUUCUCUUCAGUUUGUCGAGACCAGCUUCGACUGUGUAGCAGUGCAUUAAGCCAACAGUCAGAGCAGUUGUGCCUUUAGUUCAAUUUGAAUGCUUUGCCUGUAUGAUUUUGUUUUUAUCUUAGCCCACAUGCUGUUUUGCAAAAUUCUCACAUGCCAGCUGCAUCAUCUCUGACCUUAGACGUGUACGACUGACAUGCAUUACAGACUGUGAGUCAUGUGAGUCAAAGUGUUAACCGUAAAUAACCAUAUUUUUUCUUCUUCUCUACUGUCGUGCUGCAACCAAUGUGGCUAGCCAUUCACAUCCCACCCUGAAACAAAACAGGCUGUUGUUUUUUAAAUCCAGGUAAUAUGUACUAACAUUUGAACCAGUAGCCGAUUUGAGGUGGGGGUGCCAUCCCCCUUGUUAGCCUGCAAUCCCCUCUCUCCCUCCCAUAGUAGCAGAUAGAGAAUGCAAGGGCAGAGUGGUGGUAUAAAAAAAUACAAAGUCAUCAUGAACCCUGUUAAAAAAACACUUUGACUUACAGUUUGCUUCAGCUACAAAUAUCUGCACAUAGGCUGAAACUCAAAGCUUAGAUAAAUAGUCCCUUAUUCCCUUUUAUUGCUCAGAGUUGGGGUAAGAUGAUCAACACCACUCUCACAUCUGUUUGUUAAAUAUGAGGCUACAGCCAGCAGCAGGUUAGCCUAGCUUAGCACAAAGACGGGAAACAGGGGAAAACAUACAUUUGUUCUAUUUACAAAGGGGCAGGUGCAGAUCAAAAAUGAGAUUAUAAACUAAUUCUCAAGAAUCUAGAGAGGUAUGUGUUGUCAUGUCAGUGCUUGGUACCUGCUACAUUAAAGGUAUUUUUAAAGGCAAGUUUACUUCCUGCUUUAAAAUACAGGAGUUUGUGUCAUGUGAAACUCAAGCCAGCUUCAUCAAACUGUUGAUCUUUAUCAAUUAUCGCUUUCUACUGAAUGGAAACACAAUUUUUCUGGAAAUGUGCCUUUAAAUGCAUAUUUAAGUAUUAACUAUUGGAGACACUGUGGGUUUCCUGCUGUAUUUUUAUUUCGCUCUCACCCAUUUUGAGGGGGGGUUACAAAUCCAAAAAUGAUUUUGAGAAAAUCUGUGGUGUAGUUUUAUUUUAUAAUUAAAGGGAAGAACCACUUGUUUAAGUAAAUGGUAUAAAUGUACUUUUACAUAAUGAAAACUAUGUGGGUUUUCUCAGUUGAUGCUGAAUUCUCUGCUGUCACUGCAAAUAAUGUGUAUUUUUAUUUAAAAUGAAUUAAAUGUUUCCAAUGAAUUAAUGAGUGAUACUCAGGUAGACAUGAAUCUACAGAUGUAAACUGGUUUUAUCAACAUGUGAUUGAACUGGGAGUCAAUUUACUUUCAGUUAUCUUGAAAAUGAGUACAUUUAGUGAAUUUACUUCAAACUCCAAAGAAAUACUUUGACCAAAACUUGUAGGGUUAGCUCUAUCAUAAAACAAUGACUUGCAUUUGUAUUAUAGUAGAGCUCCAGGAUGAUGGGCAUUAUCUUCACACAGUACUGUCUGCAACACCAAAGUAUAAAUGGGAGACAUAAAACAGCUCCCAGCUCAUUUCAAACUAGUUAAAUUGAAAAUGAACUGACUCCCAUAACCUGGAAACAUCUGCUGCAGAAAAACAUAUAUAUAUAUAAAUAUGUAGUAAUCAUCAUGGAAAGAGUUUUCGAUUUGAAUAGGAGUAAUGAUUUUUAUUUUUACAUAAAGGUUGGUUGAUGUAAGUAAUUUUAGAUUUGUAUUUAUGUGAUUAUUUAAUGUCAAAAGGUGGUGGAGGUGUGUAUUUGUGAUGGCUGCUGGAGAACAAAGUGGAUGUUGAAUGUGUAAAACGUGUUGCUGUAAUGUUGGAAAGAGGAGGAGGUGGUAAUAAAAGCAAUCCAAUAAACGGUGAAUACAUUGUUCAAUAUGAUAUCAAGCA